CCUCCCCGUUUACACUUACUCCCAUGACGUCAUUCGGUACGCCCUCCUCCCACUGUUUCCCUUCCCCAAAACCAUCCUGAAAUCCACUCCCAAAACUCUCUCACCUUCGACUUCGCCUCUUAACGGUAUACCAAAGAAGAACCGAAUUUUUGCGCGAGAAAAGAACGAAACUGUAAGAACCCUAGCCACCCGAGGCAUGAUUCCCCAGCAGACCCUGCCCGAAUCCGACCGCCAGGCCAAGGCCACGCCGGUCGCCGCGGCGGCAGGGGCGACUGCGGCCGCGCAGACGAUCCAGCCCUCCUCCCCGCGCUUCUUCUUCUCCUCCGCCGCCGCGGCGAGCCCCUCCGCCGGGUCCCACCGGCGGAUCGCGAUCGCCGUCGACCUCUCAGACGAGAGCGCCUACGCCGUGAAGUGGGCUGUCCAAAACUACCUCCGCCCCGGGGAUGCGGUGAUCCUUCUCCAUGUCCGUCCCACCAGCGUCCUCUACGGCGCCGACUGGGGCUCUAUCGACCUCUCGGUGUCGGCCAACGCGGCCGCGGCGGAGGAGGUCGACUCCGAAGAGUCUCAGCGGAAGCUGGAGGACGACUUCGAUGCCUUCACGACCACCAAGGCCCAGGACCUCGCCCAGCCGCUCGUGGAGGCCCAGAUCCCCUUCAAGAUCCACAUCGUCAAGGACCACGACAUGAAGGAGAGGCUCUGCCUCGAGGUGGAGAGGCUCGGGCUCAGCGCCGUCAUCAUGGGGAGCCGGGGGUUCGGGGCCUCCCGGAGGACAAGCAAGGGAAGGCUCGGGAGCGUCAGCGACUACUGUGUCCACCACUGCGUUUGCCCCGUUGUGGUCGUCCGGUACCCCGAUGAGGGGUCCGGCGCCGGAGCGGGUGCAGGUUGCAUCGCCGACGGUGGAGAGGCGGUGGCGGCCAAGGGGAUUCUGGAGAAGGAGGCAGAGUUGCAUCCGGUGCCGGAGGAGGAGCAGGAGUACCACGAUGCCUCCGAUGAGCAGAAAGGUUGGGGCUUUUACCAUCGAUUCUUGAUGAAUAUCUGGUUUGUUGCGUGGUCCUCUUGAAUCCAGAAAGCGAAAAGCCAUGAAUCGAAUGAAGGGAACUAGGUUGAGGCUUUUGUGGAGGGGACUCCGCUGUGUAUUCAAGUGGUGCUAGUGUUACUGCUAUCCCCUGUUUCACUUGUCAAUUGCCUCUUGUAAACUGGAUGAAUGAUGAGUACCUUAACUUUUGAGUUGGAUUGUCCUAGGUCAUCCAAAGGUUUACUGCUUUCUCCUGUGAGACAUUUAUGCUGUUGAAACGUUGCCCUGUUUUACUGUUUGUCUCUCUUUUGAACAUAACUUGUAUUUUUAGUUGAUGCACCUGUUUUCUGGCAAUAACUUGUUAUCUGUACAGUUAUCUGUUUCUUCCUUA